AUGGCGAGUGCCUUAUCUGAAAACGGCUGUGUUGAGGAUGAUAAAGCCUCCCAGCAGCAGCAGGAUCCUCCUCAGCCUGGUGAAGAGGAACAUCAGGCUGAAAAUGAACAUGGAACCGAGGAGGUACGAGAACAGGACGGAGCUGAGGAUGAGGGGGAGGAACUGGAUGAGUCCUGUGCCAGCUCUACUAUGCACAAAGCAAUAAACACUGGUCAAAUGAAUGGGGGAACAGCAGAGACUCCAACAAAUGAAUCCCCCAAAACACCCAGCAAGUCCAUUUUUGGAAAUCGCACUGGCAGGAGGAACCAGGAACUGAAAGAACGUUCCAGCUUCAUCUGCCCACUGUGUGAGAAGAACUGCCUGACCCUGCACCAGUUCACCAUGCAUAUACGCCAGCAUAACACGGCGAAAGAGGGGAGCGAUCACUCCUGCAGCAUCUGUGGGAAGGCGCUGAGUUCAGCCAGCUCUCUGGACCGCCACAUGCUGGUGCACAGCGGAGAGAGACCCUACAAAUGCAGGGUCUGCGGCCAGACCUUCACCACCAACGGGAACAUGCACAGGCACAUGAAAAUUCAUGACAAGGACCCAAACAGUGCGCCAGCUUCACGCCCCACCUCUCCCAACAAACGGGGAAAACAAAAGAGGAAACCGAGUUUACAGGAUGAAGUGGAGAAAAUCGAGGAGCCGUCCAAUAAAAAGGUAUUAAUAAUGCAGCAGUCGGAAGAACAACCCCCUGCCAAGCGUGAAGAAGACCUGCUGCACUGUCCAAUCUGCUUUAAGACCUUCAUCUGUAAAUAUGGUUUGGAGUCGCACAUGGAAACACAUCCUGACACUGCACUUAGAUGCAACUUGUGCUGCAUCACCUUUCGCACACACCGAAGUCUUCUACGCCAUAAUUCCGUUAUUCAUAAGCAACUGCCCACGGAUCCCACUGGACGGCCGUUCAUCCAAACCAACCCUUCUAUACCUCUGGGAUUCAGCGAUCUGUCCUUUAUUGACUUUUCUUGCCACAAGUUCCCUCAAAUUGCACAGAUCUGGUGUGAGACUAAUCUGCGACGUUGCUCCAGCAAGUUCCACAGGUUUGUUUGCGAAGUCUGCAACAAGGCCUUUCCUCUUCAGGUGUCUCUAGAGCUGCACAAAGCUGACUGUGCCGAACCCCCAAAACAGGAAGCUAAACCCAUCUCAGAUGCACCCAAAAUCAGCUCCAAUCUUACAGAUUCCAAAGAGUUCGAUAAAUCGACAACACACAAACCCACCAGUCCUGUUGAUGAGAAGGACGAUUUCAUGGAGUCUCUCGGACUUCAGCUUUCUUCACGGGUCAAGCCCAGGCAAUCUGAGGAAGAAAUCCAGCAAGAAGUUUUGGACAGCAUUCGUUUUAUUCGUGUUGACCCCUCCUCAGCAAAUCUACCUCAAGAGACCAAUAGUAACCUCGGUCUCUGUCUUCUAGACCCUGCCUCUAUUCAAGGCUUAAACAAGGGCAACGGCCUGAGUCUCGUUUCUCUGCACCCUCUUCAGGGUGGUUUGGUCGUCCGACCUGUCAGUCAAGCAGGAGUUGAACUUGCUGACAUCCAGCAGAUUCUGAAGAUGGCGGCAUCUGUGCCAUCUCAGGUUACCUUCCCUUUGCUUCCAAAAGCUCCCGGAAGUCCUCAACAGGCAGAACCAAAACAGAUUAGUCCUCCUAAAUCCAAGCCUUUGGUUGCUCCACGAUCCAGCAUGGGAACCUCCACACCACCUCCACCGGUCAUGAAUGCCCAGCAAGCCUCUUCAGGUUGCGUUAGUCCUGGUUUGCCACCCCCUGCCACUUCCAAGCAGUCAUCAAACAUCCCCUCCUCCUCAACUUCAUCCUCUCCUGUAAACUGGGAGACCACUCAUCUAGGAGGAGACAGAUGUGGAGCAGCAGUUACACAGUUCAACCCGGCUAACGGAACUGUGAAGCAGGAUGAGGUUUCGGCUAAAGAUGUAAGAACGUCCGCUGAGCAGAAGGCCCCGAAGACAGAAUACAUCUGCCGUGUGUGUAGCAAAGUCUUCUUCUUCGCAGGAGGCCUCCAGGCUCAUAUGCGGGGUCAUUUCUUGGAAUCCUCUCCAUAUAAGUGCAGUAUGUGCACCUAUGCCGCUCCAGACAAUGCCACACUGAUGCGGCAUUUACGGACACACAGCGGCGAGCGCCCUUACGUCUGUCGCAUUUGUCACUAUCCUUUCACAGUCAAGGCCAACUGCGAGCGCCAUUUACGCAAGAAACACACGAUUAACAAUCGACGGGACAUCGAGAAAAACAUUGAGUACGUUACCCCGUCAUCGAGUGUAAGCGGAGUGAUUGGCGGUACGACACUAGACCUCUCAGAUUCUGCUGGUACUGGUACCACAACCUGUCAGUAUUGUGGAGAAGACCUGAAGAGUUACAGGGCUCUUCAGAUUCAUCUGAGAACUCACAACGGCUGCCAGAGAAAACCUUUCGAAUGUCGCCAAUGUGGGGCAGCCUUCCUUACCAAAAGGAACUGCAUCCAUCACCUGAUGAUGCAACACACAGAAAUCAAAGAAAUGGAAAUCGAGGAUCACGUUAACACACUCGUUCCGCUUACAGCGGCAUCUUCUGUCCAGGCCAAGUCUUCCGCUCUAGUCUCAGAAGGGGUUUCACCAAGCAUUCCGCUUCAGUCUACCAAGCAAGGGGUUUGCACCUUCUCUAAAGCUGGUGAUCAGGACGAGCCCUUGGAUUUCUCCAACAAGACUUUAAAAACUGUUGGUUCAGACAAGAAACCAGAGCCAGUGGUUCCCUCUCUGUCAUCUGGCGACUGCUCUAUGGAGCCCAUCGAUCUCUCUAUGCCUAAGAAUCAAAAAGAAAAAGUGAAAAAAGAACCAGUCAGUACAACAUCAUCAUCCUGUCAACAGGAGAUCACCAAGGAGAUUACUUCCUCAAGCUCAGACAAGUCGUCUGGAAAGGUCUUGGGCCUCCACGUGUCCCUUCCAAUGUCUACCCCAAGCCUCGCUUUCUCCCUCACAAGUGAUUUAUCCAAACAUUACACACGCCUGAAGCCUCUGCUCCCUAAACCAGCUUCUGCCUCCAACACAACAGAGAUGCCACCUCUUGCUUCCAUUGCUCAGAUCAUCUCUUCUGUGUCUGCCGCCCCGGUGCUGCUCAAAACCGGAAUAAUCACUGAGAAAAGUGACGUGGUGGGUGUUGAAACACUAAUUGAGAAGAAGUGUUCCAAUGGCACUACUAGUCCCGAGCCCUCCCUUAGCAGUUCCUCUACUGUUGGAUCCAAGAGGAGAGGCAGGAAGAGGCAGUUCCAGGAAGAAAUGUGUGAUCCGACACAGGCAGCCCUCAGUGCCAUCGAUUCGGAAUCUACUGAAGAGUUUCCAAGUGUGGAAAAGAUGCUGGCUACUACAGAUGCAAAUAAAUUUAGUCCGUACCUGCAGCAACGGCAGGUGGAGCCAGAAAAAGAGAAACCACCCGCCAGCGAGGAACAAAGUGAAGGAAAGGCCGACAAGCAGAAGGUUCGGACCCAGAGCAAAGGAAAGAAGAAUGCCUACUCCAAUUCUGUGCAGAAGAUGAAGUGUUCCUACUGCCCUCGGGUGUUCCCUUGGUCUAGCUCCUUACAAAGACACAUGCUAACUCAUACAGGCCAGAAGCCAUUCCCCUGCCCUCAGUGUGAUGCAUUCUUCUCCACCAAGUCCAACUGUGAGCGCCACCUUUUGCGUAAACAUGGCAUGUCUAAUCGCAGCACAGCGCAGAGCACCGGGUCGCACCACAAAGCCAAGGAUGACGAGGGUUCACAGGAAAGUGCAGAUGAUGUUUCUGAUGCUGAGCGCUCUGUAGCUGAGGAUUCUGCCAGUCCAGAAAGGGAGGAGAAAGCCACGCCCACUGAUGAGGACCAACCAGAGCAGCUGAACAACACAGCCAUGGAGGAACAAGAGUGCAAGAAAGAUCCAGACACCCCACAGUCUGAUGAGUUGAACCACAUGAAUAUGGACAUUACGGAGAACAGUGACGACUCUCAAAUCGAAAAGAGUCUCGAUUUAAGUGAACCUACAGAGGUCGAACCCUCGGGAACAGAGGAGCAACAGCCUGAGGCUAAAGAACCAGUGGUAGAACCAGUGGUGGAAACCGAGGGUCCAGAACCAGAAGAGUUUCCUCAUACGUGCAGUACCUGCAAAAAGACCUUCCGCCACGCGGCCACCCUGAGCCGACACCAGAGCAUCCAUCAGCAGGACAGCCAGGUGGAGAACGGAGGCAGGAGAACCAGGCAUCAACAGCCCACGGUGUCCAGUCCACCUGUGAGCACCAGGACCUCCACUAAAAAGGAGGUGGAGCCUGAGACCGAAGCAGACGAGAAGAACGGCAGCGCUGUAGAGAGCGGAGCCGAGGAGGACGAGGAGGGGCGAAAAGAGGAAAGAAACGAUGAAGAGGAAGAAGGGGGCUCAUCGGAGACUAAAGGUUUGGAGGAGGAGAAGGAAUCGGUGAGAGGUCGAUCUGACAAGAGAAAGAAGAUCUGCAGCGUGUGUGGCAAACGGUUCUGGAGUCUGCAAGACCUGACCAGACACAUUCGGUCACAUACUGGAGAAAGACCUUAUCAGUGCCAAACAUGUGACCGGACCUUCACCCUGAAGCACAGCCUGGUUAGGCAUCAGCGCAUUCACCAGACUACUCCAGACGGCAGAGCGGCAGACAGAACGGACGACUCCGACGCGGCCGACGGACCCAGAGACGACAGCGCCGUCGAUGGAUCUGGAAGUGAGACUGACGCUUCUCCUGGAUUCGACUCAAACCAAGGAAGCUAACGAAGUAAGCACGGAAUCCCAGAAACGACUGGCGGAAGGUACCGGCAUCCAAGAGGAGGAGGAUUUUUCCACAACAAAAGCUUCAAACGAAGAUGAAUCAUGAAGUAAAAUCUCAGGCAGCGGAGUCUCUUUUUUUACAGUCCCAAAUUUAAUGGGCAACCCAGAUGCCCAAGAUGAUCACCAGGAACUAAAGAGACGACUCUGCUGUAGUUUAAUGACCUUCCAAAAACACUAAAGGUGACCCAGAGGCUUGUGUCUUUGUGCAGGUUUUGUCAGAAUGAAAAAGCAGAACAAACUGGAAACUGAGUUUUCUCAACGCCUUAAUGAUUCUGAGAUCUGGAUCUAGAAAACUGCACAGUAUAAUUAUUUUAAUCAAUUGGACAU